AGGGUGUCUCACGUGCUUGCUCACAGCUUCGGUUCCGCCAUCGUCACGAUAUGUGUCGGUGAAGGAGAGCGACAGCAGAACUUCGCCGUACACAAGAACGUCAUCUGCGCCCGCUCCGGAUUCCUCAAGGAUGCUACGGCCAAGGAAACACUCCAACUCCCCGAUCAGGAUCCGCGCGCUUUCAACCUCUACAUGCAGCUACUGUACACCGAUCGCCUUCCUUGCAAGCCCGUCGAUGCGGCCAACUGCGAUGAAUACACCCUGCUGUGCAAGCUCUAUAUCCUUGUCAAAAAGCUCCAGGAUGUCCCCGCGAAGAACGCCGCCUUGGACGCUUUGCUCGCGAAGUCACGAGAAGCUGAUCCCGACAACAAACCGUGUCUGCCAUCAAGCGAACACCUCCGGAUCAUCUACAACGGAACAUCGGGAACUUGCGGGGCACGCCGCUUGAUGGUCGACCUCUACACUUUCCGCGCGACGGGGCAGUGGAUGACUAGCCAGGGCGGCUCUUUCCCGCAGGAGUUCAUGGCUGACUUGGCU